AUGGCUGCAUCAAAUCCUCAACGUCUCAAGGGUAUUCUAUCAGUAACUGUACUGAAAGCCAACAAUUUAAUAAAAGGUGAUUGGUUUGGUGAGAACGAUUGUUAUGUAGUCCUUUCACUUGAACCUCUUUCGAUAAAAUCAAAAAUGAAGGCUGGCAAUCAGCCACAACAAACAGAAACAUGUCAGAAGACACAAAUUCACGACGGUCGUAAUCCUAUUUUCAACGAGAAAUUCUUAUUUCCUAUAGCACAAAAAUUAGAAACAUUGUACGUUCAAGUAUGGGAUGCAGAUAUUGGCAAUGAUGAUCUUUUAGGUCAUGGAUCAUUGGAUCUACUGAACGAUGAUCAAGGUGGACAAUUUAAUACGGACAAAGAAUGGCUUCGUACUGUCACUAUUUCCAUGACCACUGAAAAAGGCAAACAUGGUGGUACACUUGAACUUAUCCUUCAUUUUAUUUCGGAGACGCUUUCUGAUUAUGUCAGCAAGAAAUAUAAUGCUGUUCAAGCAGAGAUGAAGAAAAAAUUGACACAGCAAAUAGUAGCAAAAAUGACCGAUGUGGCUUCAGACAAAAUUCGAGGAUAUGUCGGCAUCAGUGAUUGA